AUGUUCGGCAGUGGCUUAAUGUCGUGGCUGAGGCACUCCGAGGCCGUGCCCGAAAGCAAAUGGAACCCUGAGACCCUGACGAUGGAGCAGCCUGCUAGCCCGUCCGGUCCCUCCAUGGAGCACGUUGUCACUGAGCAACCGCGCACUGGAGAGUCCAUGCAGCUGCAGAUCCGCGGUGGUGUUGUGCUGGUGUCUGCUGCUUUGAAUGCUGCGAAUGCUGCUGCGAUUGUUGCGGCGACGACGGGCCGGAUGGUCCUCCCCCUCCUCCCGGCCCACCCGGACCUCCAUGAGUGA